CUGGUUUGCGAUGCGUGAGAAAUACGCAAUAUGGCGGCUUCCUUGGUCCGGUUUUUGAGAGGGUUGUAUGUUUUAUUUUUAAUAUGUGUCCUUUCUGCCGCGGCCUUUUUGAAUUUGGAGGAGUUAAAUGAAAUGAAAUAUGGGAUUCAGAUUCUUCCGGACCCCGUGAUCAGAGGGCAGAUGGAAGAUGUGAUGUUGGUGUCUAAUAAAUAUAAGCAGCUGUAUGAGUGCCGGUUGCCUCCGCAGGCGAUGAGGUUCCACCAGGAUCCGGUUCCUGAGUCGGACCCUCAGGGUUACAGCGGCCCGGCCAUCCCCGAGCUCCUCAAGCCCAUGCACACUGCUCCCUGCCUCACCAAGACUAAAGACUGGUGGACGUAUGAGUUCUGCUAUGGACAGCACAUCAGACAGUAUCACCUAGAAGAUUCAGAGAUUAAAGGUGAUGUGCUGUAUCUGGGUUAUUUUGAGUCUGAGUUUGACUGGACCAAUGAAACUGCUAAGGCCACUAAACAGCACAAGCUGAAGCGGUAUCACAGUCAGUCGUACGUCAACGGCUCUAAGUGCGACCUGAACGGAAGCCCACGAGAGUCUGAAGUCAGGUUUGUGUGUGAAGAGGGUUCGAGUGAUUAUAUCUCCCGUGUGGACGAGCCUCAGUCGUGUCACUACGUCCUGACGGUUCAUACGUCUCGCACGUGUCAGCACCCGCUGCUGCGCCCCCCCUCCUCCGCCAAGCCGCAGGGCAUCGUGUGUCAGCCUGCACUCAGCGCUCAGCAGUACAUGGACUACGUUAAAGCACAAGUCUCUGACACGAAGCGGAAAGUGGAGCAGAUCUCAGAAGAGCUCAGGACGCUCGAUCAGAUUCUGUCCAAAGAUGAAAGUGCGGAUGAAACAGGAAGUGAUGUAAUGGAUGAGGAGUCUGUACCGCCCACUGAUACGUCUGCUGUAGAGUCUGAGGUCGAAGACGCAGUAGAUGAGGAGGGGGAGGAGUCAGAGAACGAGGAGGCAGUGGAUAAAGAUUUCUGGGACGGAGUCACCAAACCACAGGGGACAGAAACGCAAACACCCGACCUACAGGAUUCUGACGGAGCGCCGGAGAACGAACCCGACGAUAACGACAUAUUUGGAGAAGGGAAGUUUAACUUUAAGAUCAUGACGGAUCCUGUAGACCUGAUGAAGUUCGUGCAGCACCUCAGAGACAGUAACAGAAAGAACAAAAAAGCUCAGGUGAGAAACGGGAGAAGCCAGGCUUCCUCACAGGAGGAGGGGGAGGAGGAGGAGGGGGAGGGGGAGGGGAGGAAGGAAGAGGAGGGGGAGGGGAGGAAGGAAGAGGAGGAGGAGGGAGAUGAAGAUGAACAGCUGCUGAAGGAGUUUGAAGAGGAGAUGGCCGACCUCUCGGUUCCUGCAUCCAAAAUCGUCCAGAUUAAAGAGGAGAUGCAGAAAGAGUUCGACAACAUCAUAGAGGAGGCGCAGCAGGAGUUGGAGAACGAGGGUCUGAAAGGAGAGUUUGAUCGCUCUCAGGCCACUCAGACUUUAGAGAACACUCUGGGUAAACUGCUGGAUCGUCUGGAGGAUAAAACCGAACAGGACGCUGAAUCACACACAGACACAAACACUGACACACACACGCACAAAAACACACACGCUCCAUCCGAGAGGGAGACAGGAGGUGCCAGAGGUGACCCCAGCCUCGUCCCCAAGACUCCAGAGCAUGAGCUCGGUGGAGAUGAGCAGGUAAAGAUAAGGGUGACUAAGUAUAAGGUGGGUGGAGACGAUGCGGCUGGUGGAGGUGAGGGGGGUGUGAGGGUGCGGGAGCUGGGCGAGAGCGACCCCCAGUGGCAGCACAUUCACCACCUGGUCAAAGAGCAGCUCGAGAGAGCCGGCAUCAAGGCCGAAGGAAAGAUAGAGGUGAAGAUUUUGACCCGUAAAUCAGCGGAGGAGGCGGGAGACCAGUGGCUGAGUGAAGAAGAUACCAAAUCGUUUAGAGAACUCCUCAUCAACCUGCUGACGGGAGGAACAGAGGAAGUAUAUAAAGAGCAGAAGCGACAGCAGGAGCUGGAGAACAAUUACAGGUUUGUUUGGGGAGAGAAACAGGACGAGAGUCAGUCGGCGGGAACUGGAGAAUCAGACGAACUCGAUUUCUGAUUUCUGACAGAAGCGUAUGUGUGUGUGCGUGGAGCAAACACAAAUGCAGAGAUCGGACUGUGGGGCAGCCGUACAGCCAUCACUCGGACUGCAGUGAGAAUUUCUGUAAAGCAUCAGUGAACAAUAAACACACACACAUUCUCUCUCUCUCUCUCUCUCGCGCGCGCUCUCUCUCUCUCUGCUUUCAUUCAUUUCAGUUCAACUCCAGGUGAAACACCAAACUCUAUCCAUUCAGCAUUACGUUUUUUUCUUCUUUUUUUAAGGGAAGAAAAAUCACAACCUUUUGAUGAAUGCUGUUAUUUUUCCUGCUGUUAUUACUGCACUUUAAAUAAUAAUAAUAAUAAAAACGCAGCAUUUGGAAUGUUGACCUUGGAGACACCGAACGGGACCUGGAUAAAAUAAAAAAAAAUAAUAAAAAUGAAAAAGCCGGAUGUCGUGAUGUUUGGGAACACGAUCUACUGAACGACCUUGCAGGUUUGAAGAAUUUACGAUUAAAUACAAGGUUGAAGGUACAGGAGGAGAACAAGGUCAGAUUACAGAGCGUGUUUACUUCAGGGUUGGGCGAGAUCUCAAAAUAACCUCCUCCUCGUUGGGUCGGUUCACAUAGGGGUGCUGCUGAUUUUGUUUAUUCUUGUUUCUUAUUUGUUGAUUGUGACCUAAACAUGGGAAGCCCCGAUUCUAAAGAAAUUAUAUUCCCAGCCACAUGAAAUUUGGCCGAUUAUGAAGACAAACUUAUUUUCUGUAUGUUUAAAUGCUCUGAAGUCGUCGCAGAAGGCCGGUUGUUUUCAGUUGUUCAAAUGUUGUGUGUGGGCGGGGCUUAACAACAAUUUACUCUCAUUGGCUAGCGAGAUUUGGAUCGUCAGUUCCCUGACCAAGAAGUACAGACGUCAGUGGUGUGAAUUUUGGAGAGCGUUCUGGAAGAGGCGGUUCUCUGUAUAGUGUUUGUAUUUUGUAGUGGAAAUGAAUGAAUGACCUUACUGAGAGUAUAUUAGUUCGUAAUUAAUAUUUGAGGUUUGUUAACGACUCAUACCAUUAUUUUUUUCAAGAUGAGCUCUCAGGAGCGGCACAGAGAGUCGUCAUCAAUGUCAUCAUCAUCAGCCUCCUCCUCCUCAGCUGGGCACUCAAGCUGUCGAUCCAAAUCUCACUAGCCAAUGAGAGUAAAUUGCUGUUAAGCCCCGCCCACACGAGAUUUGUACCAGAAUGGCGAGCGUAAAUGAAAACUCAGGCAGCGCGUUCAUAAACCAUAAUAAGUGAAAAGGACGCUUAGAAAAUUGUUAACGUAGAAUGGUGUGUUGCGUUUUUGUUUGUUGGUUUCUUGAAAAGUUAUGUUCAAUACUUUUUGGCACAAAUUUAAUUCCAUAAAAAUUACAAUUAAUUCCUUAAAAAUGGAGAAAAGUGUGAAAAUUACAAAUAUUAGGGGCUUAUAGAUCCCACUAUAAUAGUCACAGAUGCUACAGAUCCUUAAAUUGAAAUAAACCUUUCAAUGGCUUUGUGUCAAAAUCUGAGCUCUGAACAUCCAAUAGACUUCAAGAUCUUAACAAAAUUACAAGAUAAAUGUAAAAAUCUGUACUGCUUUGACGUGUCCAGAUAGCGGUGUUGAGUCACGAGUAGAAUCGUACAGACUGUACAGACACAACAGAUAAAGUGUGUGUGUGAGAGAGAGAGUUUAGAUACGACAUUGAGUAAAAAACAAUAAGGUGCUUAUUUUCUUCCUGGAGUCUAAGUGAUUUUUGAAGUGUUAAAUGUAUGAGAUUAGUUUUUUAUUUUGUUAUAAACCUAAGUGGAGUUCUUGUUUAUGGCUUUAAUAAAGAAAACGCCCUCUGCUGGCUCCUGAUGUUA